GACCCAUCCGGGGAAGCGGCGAGUUUCUGAAGGAGCCCCUCAGUCGGGUUUUCUUAAAUCUAGUGCAGGCGAUGGCAGCGCGAAACCUUAUUGUGCCGAUAUUUAAGCCUGAAUUGAGGUAACAGUUACCUAAAAAUUACCCAGCAUGUCUUCACUAACAGAAAAGGACAGACCAAUUGUUCAGCUGUUACUGAACACUGGCACUUGCCCACGAUGUAUUUUGAGGUUCUGCUGCGUGGGAUCACAGGCACUGUAUAGACAUCCAUACAAGGAUUUGAUGAAGGAUUUAAAAGAAUUUCUGAAAAAUAAUCAAGAAGAAGAAGAUACGGUUUGUUCUGAUGUAGUUGAUCCACCUUGUAAGAGAAUCAGACUUGAACACACGGAAGAAGGGCCUGAUGAUCUGAACCACAAUGGAGCCCUCCAGCAGAUUCCUUUGGUUAACGAUAAAAAUGCUGCAAUGGAGAACUCACCUGUAAAGGUUUGCAAUGUGUGUUUGGGAAUUCUUCAGGAGUUCUGCGAGGUUGAAUUUGUUAAAAAGGUGUGCCAAAAGGUUAAUUCCGCUGACUACCAGUUCACUAGUUUUGUAUUUUCUGUGUCACUACCCCCACAGCUGUCUGUUAGGGAGCGUGCUGCUUGGCUGCUGGUAAAACAGGAAAUGGGAAAUCUGGGCCUUUCCUUGGCAAAGGAUGACAUUGUUCAGCUGAAAGAAGCUUAUAAGUGGAUUAUUCAUCCCCAGUUGUCAGAAGAGUUGGGUGUUCCUGCUGACGGAAAGAGUUUGUUUGAAGUUAGCGUGGUCUUUGCUCACCCAGAAACAGAUGAGGAGUGCCAUUUCCUAGCCACAGCCUGUCCAGACUGUUUCAGACCAGCGAAGAACAAACAGUCUGUUUUCACUAGAAUGGCAGUUAUAAAAGCCCUAGAGAAGAUAAAAGAAGAGGAUUUUCUCAAGCAUUUUCCAUGUCCCCCAAGUUCACCAAAGAACCUCUGUGUUGCUCUGGAAAUUCAGUGCAAUAAUGGUGCAGUUUUCGUGGCUGGAAGAUACAACAAAUAUUCAAGGAAUUUACCUCAGACUCCCUGGAUUAUUGAUGGGGAGAGGAAGCUGGAAUCUUCAGUGGAAGAACUGAUUUCGGAGCAUUUAAUCGCAGAAUUCAAAGCAGAUAGCUUUAAUUUUUCUUCCUCUGGAAGAGAAGAUGUGGAUGUAAGAACACUAGGCAAUGGAAGGCCCUUUGCAAUUGAGCUUGUGAAUCCUCGUAGAAUACAUUUUACUGCUGAGGAAAUGAAGGGACUUCAGCAGACAAUUAAUAACUCUUCAGACAAAAUACAGGUUCGAGAUUUACAGCUUGUCACCAGAGAGGCAAUUGGUCGCAUGAAGGAAGGUGAAGAGGAGAAGACAAAGACCUAUAGUGCCUUAAUAUGGACAGACAAAGCUAUACAGAAAGAAGACAUUGCAUUUCUAGAUGAUAUCAAGGAAUUAAAACUUGACCAGAAGACACCUCUCCGGGUUCUCCACAGAAGGCCUCUAGCCGUAAGAUGUCGGAUCAUUCACACCAUGAAAUCUGAGUACAUUGACGAGCAUCAUUUUCGUCUGCAUCUGAAGACUCAAGCAGGAACCUACAUUAAAGAAUUUGUGCAUGGAGACUUUGGAAGAACAAAGCCCAAUAUUGGCUCCCUGCUGAACAGAACCACCAACAUUCUGGAGUUGGAUGUAGAAUCUGUUGACGUUGACUGGCCUCCAACCCUGGAUAAUUAACUUCAAGUUGGGACGAGGAAGAAGCAGCAACUGUGUCAGCAGCUGGUUACUGAACCCUGCACAGUAUUAACAGCUCGGCUGCAAUGUAUUUCUGUUAAAUAUUUGGAUCAUGUUGAUCUGCCAAAGGUUCCUGUUCCUUUGAAUUAACUUUAAACACUCUGGAACAGGUAGUGUUCAUUCAGUCUCUAGCCUUAUUUUAAUUUCUUCUGUGCACAGAAAGAUUUUGGUAAGCUGGUGUAUUAUUAAUAAAUCUUUUUAAAAAACAAUUAUGAUAAAUGGUAUAACGUGCAAAUGGUGUACUGAGCAAGUACAUCAAGUGUGCUUUCUACAGUAGUUUAAAAUGUUUAAAUUAAAACUAACCCUCCCUCGAGCCAGAUCUUUUUUAGACUGUUUUUAUAUUGAAUGCUGCAGCUUUCUUGUUUGGAUGCAGGUAGCAGUGAGUUACCUUAAACCCAGCCCUAACUCUUUCUGAGCACUGUUUAUGCAGGAGCAUUUCCCACAAGUCAGGGAGAUGCUGAAAGUGCCUGCAACAAGAUGAUGCUCCGCUCUCUGCCAACAGCUUUUUGGUCAGUGUCAUGUUUUGAGAUGGGCACAUUAGUCUCCUAGACAAAGUGCUUUUAAAAGGGAGAAACAGUUUUCAGAGGAAAACUUUGCACUUAAAACCAAGUUUUUCUCAUUUAAGAACAUCAGCACUGCUUCCUAGAAUCAACAGUUGAGGUACUUGGGGCCUCAGCAGCUCUCUGGCCUGGUUACAGUCCUCUUCAGGCAUAGGAUUUCCCCUGU